AUGGUAUUCGCAGCACCAAGCGCCCAGUCAUUGGGUGAUUUUUUCAACGAUGCUGCACGCCUGCUUGGAGAGGAUAACAUAUCGCGUACACCCGAGCAUGGUGCACUUAGGGGGGCCGAGAAUCAGGACGCAUACGGUGAUCCGUUCUCAGCAACCACGACAAACAGUCCAAGUGGCGCCGUUCGGCCCAAAACUAUAGAGGAAGUCCAGGCAAUUGUGAAGCUUGCAAACAAGCACAAGAUACCUCUGUGGACUGUUUCGAGAGGCAAGAACCUGGGAUAUGGCGGAUCCAGUGCCGUUGUCAAAGGGUCGGUGGUGCUUGACCUCCACCGAAUGAACAAAAUAAUCGAGGUGAACGAGGAAUAUGGCUACGCCAUCGUGGAGCCCGGGGUAUCCUUUUUCGACCUUUACGAAGAGAUCCAACGCAGAGGCUUGAAUCUCUGGCCCUCCGUUCCAGCAAUCGGCUGGGGCUCGGUACUAGGAAACACCAUGGACCGCGGGUUCGGCUAUACUCCGAAUGGAGAACAUUCCCAGUCACAGUGUGGCAUGGAGGUUGUUUUACCGAACGGCGAAUUGCUUCGGACGGGUAUGGGCGCGAUGAAGGACAACAAGACCUUUGCGCUGUACAAAGGAGGAUUUGGACCCGGUCUAGACGGCCUUUUCUACCAAUCAAACCUCGGAAUUGUCACGAAACUUGGCAUCCAUAUCACUCCGGCCCCGGAAGCCUACGCAACUGUAGAAGUGAGCGUGCCUCGAGAAGAGGACCUUAUCCCCCUGGUGGGGACACUUUCCGACCUCAUGCGGCGCUCGAUUAUCCUCAACUCGCCAUCAAUCGCCAACAUUUUCCGCCUAGCCCUGACGGCCCCCAUCCCAGAAGUCCAGGCCAAAAUCAGGCAGUACAUGAAGCCCGACUCUUAUGUGCCAUACCCCGUUCUCGAAGAAAUCCGCAAGGAACAGAACUGGGGAUUCUGGAAAGCCUACUUCUCCCUCUACGGCUCCGUCGAGAUGCUCCCUGCCCUUCUCAAGACAAUCCAGCGCGCAUUCGCCCCCAUCGAGGGCGUCCAGAUCACGUGGCGCGAGUUCCCCGGGGCGCCCGGGCGUGCAAUCACAACGGCGGAGAUCAAGUCGGAAGAGAUUCCCCACAGCGGCAUCCCGACACUGGAGCCACUCAACCUCCUCAAGAGUCGUUCGGAAAUCGGCGGACAUAUCGACUACUCGCCCAUCAUCCCUCCGUCGGGGCGCGAGCUGUACGAAUGGUACCUGACCGCCAAGCAACGCACGAUUGACGCAAAGUUUGACUUCUUUGCGGAUUUCCACGUCUACCCGCGCUAUGUCGUUGGCAUAGAACUGAUCAUAUACACCCUGAGGGAAGAAGCGCGCCUUCACGAGCUCUAUCACAAUCUUGUGCAGGAUGGUGCGAAGCACGGGCAUAUAGCGUACCGCACCCAUGUGGGCUAUAUGGAUGAUCUAGCAACGAAACUGGACUUCAACGAGUUUGCCUUUGGGAGGUUUACACGCCUCUUAAAAGGCACGCUGGAUCCAAACGGGAUUUUGUCUCCUGGAAAGUCGGGGAUCUGGAAUUCAUCGAGUAAUGUGCCCGAACCGAGCGCGCAUUUGUAG